CCUAAAGUUGCCACACAUUAGAUAACAAAAAGAGAGAGAGCAUGGCUUUGGAAACACUUUCUUCCAAUGAACUCCUCAACUUCAUAAUCUAUGACACCAUCUCUGCAACCCCUUUUAGCUGCAAUGACUCCUCUGAAACCACAACUACUAACACUAAUCCUUGUAGUAGUUUCUUCUACCAUCUCGAAAACGAAAACCCUAACCCUCCUCUAAAUCAACUGUGUCAAGAACUCACAGGUGCUGCUGCUGCCAUGGAAAUUAUGAGUUCCACUUCAUCUCUAACUACAACCACCACAAAGAUGUCUAUGGCGGUGCAAGCGUACUGCGGUGGCAAAGUCCCAGAGAAGAACUACAGUAAUAACAACAACAGCAACAAUCCGAAUUUAGGGAUACAAGGAGGAGGGAAGAAGAAGAGAAGAAGAAGGCCUAGGGUUAGCAAGAAUAAAGAAGAAGCUGAAACUCAACGAAUGACUCACAUUGCCGUCGAGAGGAAUCGCCGGAAACAAAUGAAUGAGCAUCUCGCCGUCUUGCGUUCUCUCAUGCCGGAAUCUUACGUCCAAAGGGGCGACCAAGCUUCCAUAGUCGGUGGUGCCAUAGAGUUUGUGAAGGAGCUUGAACAUCUCUUACAGUCUCUUGAAGCUCAAAAGUUCAUCUUAACUCAACAACAACAACAAGAACAAGACGAGGGAGGACAUAAUAAUAAUAAUAAUAAUAAUAAUAAUAAUAAUUUCAACGAAUCAACAACUCUCCCUCCAUUUUCACAAUUCUUUUCAUACCCACAAUACACUUGCUCUCAAAUUCCUAACAAGUACACUUCAAAAAGCAAGGCAGCGAUUGCAGACAUCGAGGUGACUUUGAUCGAAACGCAUGCUAAUAUCCGGAUCCUAUCGCAUAAACGGCUCACUCAGCUCUCGAAAAUGGUGGCUUGUUUUCAAACACUUCAUCUGUCCGUACUACACCUCAAUGUCACCACCUUGGACCCUUUGGUUCUCUACUCCAUCAGUGUUAAGGUGGAAGAAGGAUGCAGGCUAAAUUCAGCAGACGAGAUAGCAGGUGCAGUCCACCAGAUGCUCAGAAUAAUUGAGGAGGAAGCUACCCUAUCCCUAUGAGUUGAUUCCAUAAACUAGAAAUAGCGUCAUGUGUUUUUACCAAGUUACCCUUUCUUGCUAUGUAAAAUCACCAUAAUGCC